CCGGCCGCGCUGACUCAGUUUCACCAGAAACUAGGGGAGGAGGAGGCAGCCGAUCCCCCGCGCACCGGACACCGGGGCGGAAGCGGCGGCCUGAGCCACGCAGGAGGCCGGGACCAGAACCUCGGCAGGCCCGACCCCACCCCACUCACCUGCGCAGGCCACAAGCACUUUCGGAGCCCAGAGGCCCUCAGUGUGAAGGUUACCCCGAGGGGAGGAGGGCGACGGUCCCUGGGAGGACUAUGGCCGAGGACCGCCUCUCCCAGGCCAGCAUUCCAGCGGUCGCCGUGUGGCUUCUCUUCGGGGUCUGCCUCCUGCGCACCGAAGCGGGGCAGCCGCCGGUGACCCCUGAUCUGCCCACCGCGGAUAACUGCCUGAACAGCUUUACUCCCGGAGUGCCUGCCUUCGUGCUCGACACCGACGCCUCGGUCAGAAACGGGGCCACGUUCCUGCGCUCCCUCACCUUGCGCCGCGGUCGGGACUGCGUGCACGCCUGCUGCAGCUCCAGCGACUGCAAUCUGGCGCUGGUGGAGUUGAAGCCCGACGGUGGGGAGGACGCCAUCGCCUCCUGCUUCCUCAUCAACUGCCUCUAUGAGCAGAACUUCGUGUGCAAGUUCGCGCCCAGGGAGGGCUUCAUCAACUACCUCAGGCGGGAGGUUUACCGCUCCUACCGCGAGCUGCGGACCCAGGGCUUUGGAGGGUCCCGGAUCCCCAAGGCCUGGGACGGCAUAGACUUGAAGGUACAGCCCCAGGAACCCCUGGUGCUGAAGGGUGUGGAAGACACAGAUUGGCACCUACUGCAGGGUGACACAGACGUCAGGGUGGAGAGGAAUGAACCGGAUCAGGUGGAGCUAUGGGGACUGAAGGAAGGCAGCUACCUGUUCCAGCUGACAGUGGCCGGUUCAGAUGAGCCAGAUAGCACAUCCAACAUCACGGUCACUGUGCUGUCUCCCAAGCAGACAGAAGAAUAUUGCCUCGCAUCCCGCAAGGUGGGCCGCUGCCGUGGUUCCUUCCCCCGCUGGUACUACGACCCCACAGAACAGAUCUGCAAGAGUUUCGUUUAUGGAGGUUGCUUGGGCAACAAAAACAACUACCUUCGAGAAGAAGAGUGCAAGCUCGCCUGCCAAGACGUGCAAGGCCCCUCGAUUGAAAGGCACCAUCCAGUGUGCUCUGGUACCUGUCACCCCAGCAUGUUCCGCUGCAGGGAUGGCUGCUGCAUCGACAGCUUCCUGGAAUGUGACGACACACCCGACUGCCCCGAUGCCUCCGAUGAGGCCACCUGUGAAAAAUAUACCAAGGGAUUUGAUAAACUCCAGAGGAUCCACUUCCCCAGGGACAAAGGCCACUGCGUGGAUCUGCCAGACACCGGCCUCUGCUUGGAGAGCAUCCCUCGGUGGUACUACAACCCCUUCACUGAACGCUGUGCCCGCUUUACCUACGGUGGAUGUUAUGGCAACAAGAACAACUUUGAGGAGGAGGAGCAGUGCCUGGAGUCCUGUCGUGGGAUCUCCAAGAAGGAUGUGUUUGGUCUGCGGCGGGAAAGCCCCAUUCCCAAUGCAGGCUCUGUAGAGGUGGCCAUUGCCGUGCUCCUGGGCACCUGCAUUGUGGUGGUGGUGGCCAUCCUGGGUUACUGUUUCUUCAAGAGCCAGAGAAAGAGCUUCCACAGACACCACCACCGCCACCCCCCACCCCCUACCCCGACCAGUUCCAAGGUCUCCACCACUGAGGACAUGGAGCACCUGGUCUAUUACCAAACAACCCGCCCCCUCUGAGCCUGGGGCUGCCUUGGCCCUCGGGCCUGGGGCUCUGGAGAGCUCUGGCCAGCUCUCACCUGGCCCUGCUUCCUUCUUGCUGAGAUGGAGGUCUGGGCAAGACUUUGGGACCAGACUCCUCCCGCCUGUUUCCCAGGCCCAUUCUACCUCCAAGGCCAGGCCUCCAGCCCCUCUCCGAGGUCACUCAGCUAAGCUCAGGCCACUGGUUCCUGAGAAAGCCCAAGGGUCUGAGAAGAGCAGAAAACCUUUGAGCCAGAGGGUCCACACCCAGUUGGACCUGUCUGCCUAGGAUUUCAGAAGAAGUUGGAGUUUUGCUUUUGGUUCAGCGCUGCCCGCCCCCACCCCUUGACCUUGGGAAGCGGCCCAGGGCACAUCCGAAGCUGGGGCCAUGACCCUGUCUUCCAGAACCACCCCUCCCACUCUGCACAGUCCAGGGCUGGGGGAAGAACUUCCCUGUAUAGUUUGUGUUGUACAGAGUUACUUUUUGUUUAUUUAAUGCUGCGGGGGUGGGCAAGAGGAGUGACAAGUGGCUCUCUGGCCCCUGCCUCCUCUUCCCCCUCCCCUGAGAGUGAACCCCAGCCCAGCCGGGCCGGCACACAGAGCCAGAGCCUCCACCGCCCAGGGCUCUCCAGCAUCACCCUCCCUGCUCCCCUACCUCCCACAGGCCCAGUCCACCCACCGUGUAAUAAAAUGAUUUGUUCUUUCA